AUGGCGACCCACGAGGAUCUACCGUCGUUGGAUCAUUUGAGACUCAUUGCUGCGGAGGCUAAGGAAUGGCUAUUAGUGAAUUACUGGGAUCAUGUUGUCGAGAGCGCAGCUCUUGUGCCCGAAAGAGACCGUCAUCAAACAUUCACAUCAUCCAAUACAACUGCAAAUCUAAGGGUCUACAAAAAGCUUAGGAAACAGGCUCUUGAUAUGGAUGCAGAGUCGAAAGAUGAAGGACAUUCCAGAAAUCUCAAUGCUGUCAUUCACAAGCUCAAGUCCGAUCUUCAACGCUCUGCUCAGCGUCAGAAACUACUCCGAGACUUGAUUUUUAAUUGCCUCAUAUACACCGACAAGAGAAACAGAGAUGUGCUGAAGCGAACAAAGUUCAAGACCCUUAUCAAGAUUUACUGGCCACUCCUAGAAGAACUAGGCCGUGAGUUCCAGGCUUCCCUUCUCUUUGCGCUCAUUCAACACAGCUCAGGACGAUUAAGUGUCUCAUUAACAACACAGGAAGAAGAACAAGCUAUCCCAUGGGUGCAACAUCUCAUUGAGCAGCUUGUUACUGGCCAAUUCCCCAUCAGCUCGCGGCUUCAUGAUGUGGAGGCACUACAGGACAGUAUCCAGACUCACAUGAGCCUUUUAAAAGACAAUUCGGUCCUAUUUAAAGCAAUUUCAUCUGCGGCAACCGAGGAACCUCCUCAAAAACAUACUUUCAGAAUGCCACCUUCUCUCGAUGAUCUUCUAGGUUCACCAAAGCGCCAAAAACACGUUACUUCCAGGAUGUCUCCGCAAUGGAUGCCGCAAAAUCUACAAAAGCGGUUGCUUCUAUAUAUCCUCCAACAACUCCUGUUGUUCUCGGAGAUUGAUCUCCCUAACUUGGAGGAGGUGUCUCUAAGCAAUAUCCAGCUUAAGGAUGUAUCUCUUGAUCCAGAGAAGGUGGGUAAACUACCGGGCUUUACGCUACGAUUUGGUGAGCUCAAGACUGUGGAAGUCAAAGGCGGUGUCGUUGGUGGUGUGAAUCUUAACAUUACCGGAGUUGAAGUCGUAUUGGCCACCAAGAUAGAUGAUCUCGAUAAGGAACUCAAGAACAUGCUGGCACUGUUGGCACAAAGCACCGUUAACUUGGCUAACACUGUCAUGUUUGAAAGCGAUCUUCGAGACAGCUCCUCGGUCGUUCCGGAAUCUGAAUCGGAUUCGGACACUGAGUCCAAGCCGAGCUCCAGCGGGUCUGGGGAAUCACUUGGUUCUCAAACACGUUCUAGUGCUUUAGGGGGCGUAAUGUCUAGAGCAUUGGAGAUUGCAUUGCUGAGGUUGCAGGUCAACAUAGCUGAUGUCAACAUCAAAAUCAUGUCGGACUCGGUUGACUUUUUGAUCUCUGUCAAGAAUAUUUCCUUCUCGACCACUAAUAGACAACACUCAGUUAAGGUCGAGUCAUUGAAGGUUUCAACACUCCGACCAGAUUUAGAUCCAGGUCAUGGAGUGGAACGUGCACCGGAAGUGAGCGCCUCAGACUCGGAGAGUGAACAAGAUGAAAGAAGCAGUGAAGACGACUCUGCUGACGAGUCCUUGAUGAGCAGUACAGUCUUCACUCAUGAAGAAGCAAGUUCAGUUUACAUGAGUGCAACUGCUCAAUCGUUCAAGCCUCCCGAGGUCCCUGCUAAUGAUUCUUCAGUCAAACCCGUUCAUCUCCUCUACGUGGAUGAAGUGGAUCUCAACUUUGAGGGAAUGUCUCCCUUGACCAAUCUUCAAAUUGACGUCGGAACCUUACGUUUAGCGGCAGUCCCCUUAACACCCACCAUUUCUUUAUUGGUUAACAGCAUAUCCAAGGUCAUGAAGCUCAAAAGUCACCAACUCCGCAAGCAGCACGCUACGACUCGCUCUUCUGCUCGAAAUGCAAGCCGGCCUUCUUCGAGCCUUUCUAAUGCCAGUCUGGAGGAGGUCCUGGAUCUGGCGGGAUCUCCUCAACCUCAGCAUGAAGCUCUCUUUGAAAAACUACAUGUCGCAGAGCUUCUCCUCAACCUAACCCUGGCCAUUGAUGACAAUGGCGAGUUUGCAUCCGAGGAAGAUGAAUUGAUACUUGCAGCAUACAACACAAACGUUAAGCUGAAGAAUGAGGCCCUUGUUUUUGGUGGGAUCGAGACAUUCAAAAUCCUUAAACUUAUAGGCGGCUUGCAAACUGAAAUCUUCCAUUUUGUUGCGGAAAAGCCGAACUCUCGUUCAUCAUCAGUCUCUAUUGAUGCGGAAUCAUCAACAUCAGGUAUUCAGCAUACGCGAGCAGACAUUCGCUUCGAAUAUUUCAGACCAGAAGCCGGUGAUGAAUCUCCAGAGACGACAGUGUUGCUAUCAAAGCUAGCACAAUUCGAGCUUGAUGCAGAUUCGUUGCUGUAUAUCCUCAACUUUUCAGAAGCUUCUCAAGCUCUCCUCGAGAAUUUGGUCACCACGAAAGAUAGCAGGCUACCCACUUCCCUCGGCCACCUGAUGUUCGUGGGUCAAAGGCGUUUUGGAAAGCAUCAACCUAAACCAAUGUUUCGCCAUAGUGAGAUGAAACAUAAGGCUUCGCUCAGUCUUCACGUCACAAGUUUCGAAUUCACGCUAUUGAGUUUAUUUCCUCGUUUUGGUGACUUAAUGCUUGUGGUGAAUGAGCUUGCAUUUAUGAAAAUUAGUGGAGCGUUUAAUGGUUUUGUGGGAAAUAUUGAAGCUGUCCGCAAACAAGAACAAGCGAAAGUGAGAGAGUCUUUGCUUAAUCGUUUUCCGGACACUGGCCCAGUUAUCGUCUUGAGUUACGACAGUUCUGAAAAAGGAAGCGCUAUUGAUUUUGUGAUUCGAAAAGUUAUCGUUCAUUACUACACGCAUUGGAUUCAGCUUUUUGAGAGAAAUGUAUCUCAAACCCACAAGACUGAAGGCUUUGUUCACGCAGCCACCCCAUCGGGUGGAGCUGAUCAACAAAAUAAAGUGGACCUCAGGUUUUCGUUUUGGGACCUUAUUAUUUCACUCAAUCCAGGUAGGCUUUCCAGCCAAGUUCAAUUAGCCACUGAGAGAGCCGUCUGUGACUUCACAUUUGCGAGGGAGCAAUUUUACGUGAAAAGUUCCUUUAGAAAUGUUGCAUUGUUCUUGAUUGAUGAUUGGAGAAAUCUUAUCCAUGAUGAGACUUCGACCGAACUGAAGUCAGAGAUUUCGGCAGGGCAAUGGUUAAAAUAUCGAGGAUACCUACGUUGUGGUCAUGCAAACUCGACUCACGUUGGAAUCACUGUUAACACAGAUAUUGAUAGCCUUAAAGCAAGGCACGAGAAACUUGGAAUACGUGGUGACAUUUCUCUUCUCGAUAUCAAGCUCAAUUCGGACGAACAUCUUCUUGAACUCUGCGCAGAUUCUUAUCAAACGUUGAUCCAGCUGUUGAACGAUUUGAAGGUGCCCGUUACAUUCAAAGACGCCGAGAAGUUUCGGUAUAAAGUGGAUUCACCUUUCUCAAUGCCUAAUGAAUUAUUAGAACAGUUGAAAGAUCUUCAACUUGAGAAGCCAAGUGAUACCUGUGCUAAAUCACCAGCUCAUUCAAGAAGGGAUUCGUCUGAUCUCAAGAAUCUUGAACGGUCCAUUUCUGAUCUUAAAAUGGAAGAAGCUAGUGAAGGUACAGGCGCCUCUAUAUCUUUCAUGGAUGAGCACUUUCGUGACGAAAAUCACGCCUCACACGCCAGAAUUCUUCCUAUGAGCUUGAUCGUUAAUUUGACAAAAGCAAACAUCUACCUCUUUGAUGGGUACGAUUGGAAGCUGACGAGGAAAUCUUUAAGACAAGCAGUAAAGAACAUGGAGAAAAAAAUCAAUGCUAUUCGCUUAAAGAAGAAGUCUGAUGAUGAGAAAAGUGGUCACAAAGGCCAUGAUGCUUCUGCAGCAAAGGUCGCCGGUGAGGUAAAUUCACAAUGCAACGCCUCAGAUAGUAAUUCAGCUGCCCCAGAUGAAGAGGCUGAUGAAGUCAACGAGGUUUUAUUUCAGUCGAUUUACCUUGGCAUGCCUGGAGAUGGCACCGCUAGUAAUUUGGUUACAAGUAUGAACACUGAGAUGCAAGCCAUUAACAUGGAAACUGCCAAAGAUGAAGCGUUGUAUCCCAGCCUCAAUGUUGAUGUUGAAAAGCAGUAUAAAGACUUGAAGCUCAAGAGAUCAAGGAUUCAUAAAGUGUGGGCCGACAUUGAGAACGUCGAAGUUUAUGUUCAAAACUACACCAAUCGAGACCCAAGAGUCGACAAAACGCCUGAGGACAUUGAUAAAGAGAUGGUGAAUAAGGUCGAGAUAACACUAGAUUCCUUAACUAUUUUUGACAAUGUACCUUCAUCAUCAUGGAACAAAUUUCUCACAUACAUGAAUGCCAUUGGUGAGCGAGAAGUGGGAACUUACAUGCUACAGUUCACCAUGAUGAACGUGAGACCAGAUCCCAAAUUGCCAUUUACUGAGGUCGUGAUGGACAUCAAAACGUUGCCUUUGCGUCUAUACGUGGACCAGGAUACACUCAUGUUCUUGGGAAGAUUUUUCCAAUUCAAAGACAACCGAUUCAAUUUGCCGGUAGACGAGCCUAUCUUUGUUCAAAGGCUCGAUAUCAGCCCAAUUAGAUUAAAGUUUGACUACAAGCCAAAGUCAAUGAAUUAUUCGGGAUUUAGAGCGGGCCAAAACGCUGAAUUAGCGAACCUCUUCAUCCUUGAUUCGGCAGAUUUGAAGCUUGCUAAGACAAAGUUAUAUGGAAUUUUGGGAUUCCCCAAUUUGGGAGAGGCUCUUAAGGAGGCUUACGUACCUUAUAUUCAGAAGUAUCAAUUGGCCGGGCUUUUAUCGGGCCUAGCUCCGAUCAAGUCCAUCAUCAAUAUUGGUGAGGGGUUCAGGAACCUUGUCGCAAUACCUUUCCAAGAGUACAAAAACAAUGGCCAGGUGAUGAAAAGUAUCCAGAAGAGCUCAAAGUCAUUGACCAAAACGACAGCUUCCGAGCUAUUGAAGCUUGCUGUUAAGUUAGCUUCCGGAACCCAAAACGUUCUUGAAAGUCUGGAAAAGUACGUUGGUGGAGAAGGCAAUCGGGCAAGGGAUCCCACGAAUCCAAACCUGUGUUCAAAGAAAUUGAGGAGAAAUUCCAAUGAAUUUAGUACGCUUCAGCAACAUGAUGAAAAACGGGAUCUAAUGCAAGCGUCUCAAUUGUUGAAGAAAAGUGUUCCUCUUGAUGACAAUUCCACUGAGGAUCGCAAGCUCUACUCGGUCAUGCUGAUGGAUGACUUGUAUGAAGAGGACGACCUGGACCUGGAUGGGAUGGAAGGAUCGGUAUUGGUCCUUGACUCAAAAACAAAGGACGGCAAGGAAGCCGAGGAUGAUUCCGACGACGAAUUGGAUGAAGAGGAGCUUGAGAUUGCUGAGAAGAUUGUCAGUCUCUAUUCUAAUCAACCAACUACUACACGAGAGGGUUUACAAUUUGCAUACAAAGCGCUCGGCAAGAACUUGAAAACCACCAAAAGAUCCCUAUCAGGUUUAACGCACGAGCUCAAGAAUGCAGAGAAUCUCCAGGAGCAGUUAUCUUCGAUAGCACGGAAAUCUCCGGCCAUUGUGAUAAGACCUAUGAUAGGCACGACCGAGGCAAUAAUGAAGACGUUGAUGGGAAUAAGUAACGAGAUUGAUCCGACAUAUGUGGUGGAGAAUGAAGACAAAUACGGAAAGGACAAUUGA